AUGACCCAAAAGACGAGCGUCAGCAACGACCGUGACCCUGCCUACAUAGUCAGUUUCGACAAAGGUGACCCCGACGACCCGAAGAACUUCAGCAGCUGGUACAAGGCAUGCCUCACGUUCCAGAUGACCAUGACUGCGUUGGUCGGAGCUUUGGGGUCUUCCAUCCUUGCACCAGGGCAGUCCGCCAUUGCAGAAUACGUCAAUGUUAGCGAGGAGGUCGCAGUACUAGCAACUUCAUUAUACAUUCUAGGCUGGGCGGUAGGCCCAGCUCUCUGGGGCCCCGUAAGUGAGGUCUAUGGGCGCAGGCUGGGCAUGCUCCCCGCAGUAUUCUGUCUAGGUCUCUUUAGUGUCGGGACAGCGGCGAGUAAAAACGCUGCAAGCAUAUUUAUCACCCGGUUCAUUGGCGGGGUAUUUGGGUCGGCCCCCAUCAGCAAUGUGGGUGCUGCGUUGAGCGACCUAUAUAAUCCCAAGGAGCGAGGAACUGCGGUGACAUUCCUGGCCAUGUGCAUUACCGGAGGACCAACCCUGGCACCGAUUAUUGGCUCUGCGAUUGUGACAAACCCGAUGCUGGAUUGGCGGUGGCUCAUGUGGAUUGAAGCCAUUCUCGCAUUCGCAAUUGCCAUCAUCGCGACUUUUGCCCUACGGGAAACAUAUGCCCCGGUGCUGUUAAAACGCAAGGCCCAGGAGACACGCAAGAAAACCAGGAAUGAGAGAUACUGGCAUCCCCACGAGGGAGCGAGUAUCACAAUCGAGAACGCCGCCACGAAGCAUUUUGUGCGUCCGUUGCGUAUGUUACUCACGGAGAGCAUAAUGGCCUGCAUCUGCUUGUACGCCUCGUUCACAUAUAGCCUUAUCUACCUCUGCCUCCAAGUCUACCCCAUUGUCUUCGAAGACGAGCGCAAAUACAGCCCUGUCAUCUCCUCUUUGCCCUUCCUGGGAAUUCUAAUCGGCGUCAUGUGCGCUCUAGCUAUUAACUUCGCAAACCAGGCAUGGUACGCCAAAGCGAUGCGCAAGAACAGCGGCAAGCCCGUCCCGGAGGCACGUCUUCCUCCAACGAUCAUUGGGGGCGUAUUCCUCCCGCUGGGAUUCUUCUGGUUUGGCUGGACAGCGGCCCCGAGAUAUCCUUGGAUACUGCCCACUAUUGCGGGGGGUUUCAUCGGAGCUGGAUUCAACAUCAUCUUCCAACAAUGCCUCAACUACCUCAUCGACACUUACGGACCGUGCGCGGCGAGCGCAAUCGCCGCAAAUACCAUGCUGAGAUCUCUGCUGGCGGCAGGGAUUCCGUUGGCUGCGAAACCCAUGUUCAAUAAUUUGGGCGUCGGGCCAGCUGCCAGCUUACUGGGUGGGAUUGCCUGUCUGGCUCUGCCGAUCCCGCUCAUCUUCAUGAAGUAUGGUCCUGCACUCCGGAGAAAGUCCGCGUUCGCACCCGUCGAUCGGACUUGA